UACCAAAUGACCCGUUGCUUUUCUUUAUUUCCUCCAUGAGACCAACAAAUUACAUCAUUUUCAUUUUUCGUCACUCCCAUGGCUGCUAUGAGCUCUCUCUCACUUUUACGAGGUCCUCCUAUAGUGAAAGCUUUGGGUUUCAUAAAGGCAUCAAAUUCCAUACCAAGAAUUUUGCCCACUUGGCGUUAUCCACUUCAUUCUCACAGGUCUUAUGUAGCUGCUGCACAUGAUGAGGAAGCAGCUGCCAGGAGUGCUGCUGUAAAUGCUGAUACUGGAGCUACAACCAUAUUUGAUAAAAUCAUUGCAAAGGAGAUACCUGCCUCUGUGGUAUAUGAGGAUCAAAAGGUUCUUGCUUUUCGUGAUAUCAAUCCUCAAGCUCCUGUUCAUGUGCUUGUUAUCCCGAAGUCAAGAGAUGGACUAACAGAGCUUGGAAAGGCUGAACAAAGACAUGAAGAUAUAUUGGGUCACCUACUUCAUGCUGCCAAGAUAGUAGCGGAGAAAGAAGGCAUUGUAGAUGGUUUUCGAGUUGUCAUUAAUAGUGGUCCCUCUGCAUGUCAAUCUGUAUACCAUCUUCACUUGCACGUACUUGGCGGGAGACAGCUGAAAUGGCCUCCGGGUUAGAAUCAAGCUUGGUUGUGUUGCAAGUUUUCCAUUUCUCUGUAUUGAUGUAACAUGGCAUGUAAACUGAUGCUCAACUUCUGUGGCGUGCCGUUGUUAAAGCACUAUUAAUGUUAGAUGUGAUUCAAGUAUAUUUUAUGAAUGGCUCGAGAUAUUUUUCUUCAUUGCAUGAUUGCUGUGAAGUAUUCC